AAUAAACUGUUCAUUAAUUUCUAUGAUUUUCUUCAAAUGAUCAAUAAACAAAGAUUAAUUAGCUCCAUAAUUUGCUUACUAAAUGAAAUGUUUUUUAACAAUUCAACUCUUUGCAAUAAGUUAAGCAAUGAAGAUAUCAGCAAUAUUUUUAGAACUGCAAUCACUAAUUCCGAACACCAUCAAUUGAUCAUCACUUUGAUCAUAAUAAUUGAAGGCACAAUUCCAUCCCUUCCAUUACAAGAAUAUGUAGCAACACUUGUAGAGCAUCAUUCAAAUGAUAUUUUAAAAUCUAUUUUAGGUCAAGAAAAGGAGACAGAAGUAAUAGAUAUUUUAAAAUCGACAAAGUCUGAUACAGUUCAAAAUGGCCAACUCCAGCUUCUUCUUAAUCUAACCCAUCUUUUAGCAUCAUGCUAUGCUAAAAAAUGUCAAGUUGCAAUAGAGUCAGCUGAAUUCUAUAGUUUAGAGGAGCUCAUUAUGAUUAUAACUGAUGAUGCAAUAGAUGAUUAUAAGAAACUACCUUUUAUUCGUGUUUUGACUUGGCAACAUUUGGUUACAGAAAAAAAUACUUCACCAGUUUGCUCUAAAUUGGCUAAUAGCGAAAGUUACAGCUUUUGGAAGGUUUUGAAAAAAUUUAUUUGUGCUAUUAAAAACCUAAAAGAAACUAUUGUUUCUAGUGAUGAAAUGGAAAAAAGUCAACUAAUUGGUUUUAAAAAAUCUGACCUCUCAAUUUGUGUCUUGACAAUUGUCAGAAGAGAUCAAUCUGUCAGUAAAGAUAAAGAUUUUCAGUUGCUAUACAUUGUUGAGGGUGUAAUUCCUUUACUAUCAGCAUUCUGUCAAGAAUUAUUCCUUCAUUUAUAUGCUGAGACUAAGUUUUUUGGCAUACCAGAAAAUACAGACAUUUGUGGCAUUGUUGAACCUCUUUAUGAUGAAUUAAAGGGUUUUAGAGGGUUAAAAGUCCAUUCUGUGUUGGAGCAAAUGCAUGAAACAGGUUGCAUAGAAAAUGUGAAAAAACUUUGUAACCAUUGUUUCAAAGAUUCAAUAGAGGCACCGUUGUCUACUGAUGAAAUAGACGCAGGGAUUCCAAAUGAUGAAUGUUUUAAUGCAGAAGAAGAAAAUCUCAAUAAAAAAUUCCAAAAAUUUGUUACUAAUUACAGCUAUGCAUAUAAUGAAAGUCGACCCAAUAUGGAAAGUAAUUUUGAAGAGUUACUUAAAAUUUUUACAGAUCAAGAAUAUACUAGAAAAUUGGAUGAAUUAAGAGUUAAUAAGCUUGUCAUAGUGCUUCGAACUCUAAUAGAAAAACAGAAAGAAUUGGGCCUUCACUGUAUUGAAAGAACUAACUUGGAGAGAAUGACAUCAACUACACUGAAGUUAAUACAUGCACUAGUUUUCAAAAAGGUCAGAGAAAUAGAUGACAAAAGAAACAGUUUGAAGCCUAUUGAAUUUCAAAGGCAGUGUAAGAAAUUUGUACGACCUCUGCAGGCAAUAUUACUUGAUAAAGAAAUUGAUCUGGUUCCAACUUUGUUUGAACUGCUACGUCAUCCAAAUGAUGACAUCACUGAUCAAAUUUUAGCAUGCCUUGAUGUCUUGCUGUAUCCUGGUAAUGAAGAAGCUCAAAGGAAAGUAAUGUCACUUGGAGUUCAAAGUCUUUUUAUCUGUUUACAAAAAAAACUUAAAGGAGCCCAAGAUAAUCUUGAUAAGGCAAAAACAGGAGAAUCUGAGUCUAGAAAUAUUACAGUGGUAUUAGAUGUUUUAGUAAGGCUAUGUGAUGGACAACAAAAAGAUAUACAAAAUGCAUUGAGCGGGACACUAACAUUGCAUGGUUCUAAUAUUGUUAGUCAAGUUUCAUUUCUACUUCUUGGUAUCCUUGAAGGCCAUGCUGCAGAGAUUCUCAAAGAAGCAGACAUUAUUAUCAUAGCACAAAAAGCAACAAAGGCACUAAUAGAGAUGUGUACUGGAAAUCACAACAAUCAACGAAUUGCCUUUAAAUGUCAAGUUAUCAUUUCAGUCAAUUUGGUAUUGGAUUUGGAUAUAGGUUCUACUACAUCUCAUGAGGCCAAAAGAUUUUUAGAGUUAAAAUCAUCAAGUCUAGAGUUGUUAGAAAUAAUGCUUGAGGAAAUUGAUGAAGAAUCAUCAAAAUUAGCAAGCUGGAUACUGCAGCAAUUAGAUGUAUCAGGUUUACUAAAAGGAAUGCUACAAUUAUGGAAAAUUUUUAAAGCAUCACCACCAAAGAACCACUCGCAAAACAGUUUAUUUAGAGCUUAUCAUGCUCUCAGAAGAAUUUCAGAUCACCAAGGAAUAAGUAUUGAUGAGCUAGUGAUACAUGCAAAUCAAGGGUUGGCAAAUACAUUUGAUCAUGUAUUUAAAGAUGACAUGGUUGAAGCUAAAAAAAUGUGGGAAGACUGUAGAAAAUGGUCUAGGAGUGUUGAAGUUGUUUUCAAACCAGGAAGUGACAGAGAAAUACUAACCCAAGCCUAUUUUCCUUGUAGUCCUAAUACACAUUUAAGUCAGCAAGAAAAAGAUACUAUUAUAUUGUAUAUUAAGAGAAACACACCACAAGAAAAGUUGUCUGAUCUUCUUAAAUGGACUAAAGAAAUCAAAUCAAACGAAGAACAAAAAGAAAUGCUAUCAAAAUCCUGGAAAACGUCUUUCAUUCUUUGGUUUUACCCAACUGUGCAUUUCAUCUUGUUUUGGCUAACAAUAUUUCUAAACCUCAUAGUUCUUUUUGGCAUAAGAUCUCCAUCAGCAGCUGUUACUAAUAAUAAUAACGAAGCUUGCAGUGUUGUUUUUAAUGGCACAUGUAACAGUAGUAGUCCAAUGCAUUUCCAACCAAUCUUAUCCCCUGAUGUACCAUCAUGGUAUAUGCCAGUCCACUAUACAUUUGGUUCAUUACAUCUCAUAUUGGCACUAUGGAUGGUCAUUUAUUACUUUGUCACAAAUUGUAAAAAUAUGCGACGUUCUGUUUACUGUAUUCAAAAAUACUUAUUUAAAAUCAGUAAAGGAGUGAUACGCAGAAAGCGUUUGCAUCAGUUCCUAUGUAAACUGAAUUUAAAGAUUUCAGCUGAUAAGCCAAAACCAAAGGAGUAUUUUCAGAUAUUUUUCUUUAGCUUUGAGCCACUUUACCGCAUCCUAUUUCUGAUUUUUUCAGGCCUUGGUUUGGCAACAACUGGAUAUUUUUACUGUGGCUGCAUGUUAUAUCUAUUCCUACGAAAUCAUGUCAUGUUUUUUAUCAUCAGAGCUCUCAAGAAAAGCGCCUUUCAAUUACUAACAGUCCUUCUAUUGUGCUUCAUUUGCACAUACAUUUAUGCUGUUGUCAGUUUUGCUUUUCUUCAAAACUACUUCUCUGAAGGAAAUGACCAAUUCUGCAAUACUCUGUUUGAGUGUUUUAUCACUGCAACUCGCUUAGGACUGCUGAAUACACUUGGAUUGGAAUUAGGCAUACGCCCAUCAGAUGAAUAUGAGCCAAAUUUUAGGCUUCUCAUCGUACGAACUGUGUACGACUUAAUCUUUUUUGUUGUGGUCACAACACUGGGAUUAAAUAUUGUUGUUGCAAUACUAGUUGACAGGUUUUCAGAAAUGCGAGAAGAAAGGGAUAAAGUUACAGAUGAUAACAAGAAUAGAUGCCUUGUUUGUAGCAUUAUGAAAGAUGACUUUGAACGAAAAGGCCAGAGUUUUGAUAAGCAUAUCAAUGAAGAUCAUAAUGUCUGGAAUUACAUCCAUUUUAUUUUGUACAUUAAUAAUCUUCAUGAGAAUGAUUACAAUGCAGUUGAAAAAUAUGUCUCAUGUCAGGUAGAAAAUGGAUCUAUUGAUUUCUUUCCAAUCUUUAAAUCUAAGUCUCUACCUGAAUACAAGAAUGAAGAAUAAUUGUUCUGAUCGUAUUUUCUUAUAUAACUGUAGUGAUAGCUAACUUUAGUCAUUAGAUCUAUUACUUUGAUUGGGCUGGUCCCAUCAUUAGGUAGUCUAUAGUGUAACUGCCAGUUUUGAUAUUUCUUUACUGUUAGAAAAAUCUAUAAUGCUA